AUGGUCGAACGUCUUAAUAUGGUGAGAGACAAGUGGAACAAUUUUGCCGUGCGCUUCACGGAGACGGCAAACAAGCGCAUGACUUUGCAAUGCUCCCGUCAUUUACACUCACAUAUGCAACUUGAUCGUGCUCGUAACAUUCUCGAAGUUGCAGCAGGAGCUGGUCUUGGUUCACUUGACGUCGUUCAGUACCUUUUAGAUGCCGAAAAGAAUUUGAACGGUUCAAGUACAGAAUAUGUCGAAAUUAAGUGCAAGGAAGCAAAUUGCCAAGAACUAGUCGAAGUAGCAACUGAAUCGAUCGAUCGUUACAUUGCAAGCUUAUGUCUACAACUUACUCCAGAUCCAGAUGCUUUGCUUCGUGAAGCAAGCCGCGUAUUAACUCCUGAUGGUAUUGCAGGCUUUACGAUUUGGGGAUCCCCUGAUCGUAGUGGUCACUUUGUCAUAACUUCGGCUGCGAAUAAAGAAUUGGGCUUUGAAGAAAAUUCGCAUGAACAUACAAAUUUUAUCAUGGGAAAAGAUCUUAUAGCACUACGUCGUCGAUUUGACGCUGCUGGCUUCAAAUGCGUGCAAAUCUGGCCGUUCCAGUGCGUCGUUGAGUUAUGGAGCGCUGAAGAAUUUGCUAAAUUUCAGGAAGACACGUACCCUCUUGACGAUCAAGAGCUUAAUGCAAAACGAUUUGCUAUUGUCAAGCGUAUGGCUUCGGAAUGGCUUGCAGAAGGCAAACCUAUAGGUCUGGAAACUUACCUGAUUUUAGCCAGAAAGUAG